AUGGUAGCUGCGGAGCCGAGCCCCAGCGCCCCCGGGGACGUGGGGACCCCUCUGGGGCUGCCCCUCCCACUCCCGAAGAGGCGCAGUCUUGGGCCGAGCAUGGAGAACCCCACAGACGUGACGAAGGAAUUUGGAGAGACCCAGGGCAGCAUGGAACAGAGCUGGGCGAGUCAGGAGGCUACCAUGAACGGGCAGCCAGUGAGGAGGACGGGGGUCCUGGGAAGGGGUGUCCUGGCUGGUCCCUUCCCGGCCAUGUUCGGGUGUAACCCGGCUCCCUCUGCAGCCCAGCGUGUGACCUUCAUCCCACAAGUCACUGGCUUCCCCACCAUGAGCUCCCUGAACACGGCGCACCGCGGGCGGGUGUGCAGCACGUGGGGCGACUUCCACUACAAGACCUUCGACGGCGACGUCUUCCACUUCCCCGGGCUGUGCAACUACGUCUUCUCCACGCACUGCGGUGCCGCCUACGAGGACUUCAACCUCCAGCUCCGUCGCGGCCUGGUGGGCUCCAGGCCCACAGUCACCCACAUCAUCCUCAAGAUGCAGGGGCUGGUGCUGGAGGUCUCCAAUGGGUCCAUCCUGGUCAACGGGAGGCGGGAGAAGCUGCCCUACAGCCGCGCCGGCCUCCUGGUGGAGGAGAGCAGUGCCUAUGUCAAGGUCAACAUCCGGCUGAUGCUGACCUUCAUGUGGAACGGAGAGGACAGCGCCCUGCUGGAGCUGGACCCCAGGUAUGCCAACCAGACCUGCGGCCUGUGCGGAGACUUCAACGGGCUCCCGGCCAUUAACGAGUUCCAUGCCCACAAUGCCAGGCUGACCCCUCUACAGUUUGGGAACCUGCAGAAGCUGGACGGGCCCACGGAGCAGUGCCAGGACCCCCUGCCCUCCCCAGCUGACAACUGCACAGAUGGGGGCGGGUCCCACAUCUCCACCUAUGAUGAGAAACUCUACGACGUGCACGGGGACUGCAGCUAUGUCCUAACCAAGAUAUGUGCAGGCAACGCCCUCACCGUGCUGGCCGAGCUGCGGAAAUGCGGCCUGACGGACAACGAGAACUGCCUCAGAACAGUGAUGCUGAGCUUGAACGGAGGGGACACGACCAUCCAGAUCCAGGCCAAAGGCGGGGUGUUCGUGAACUCCAUCUACACGCAGCUGCCCGUGUCAGUGGCCAACAUCACCGUCUUCAGGCCGUCAUCCUUCUUCAUCCUGGUGCAGACGGGCCUCGGGCUGCAGCUGCAGGUGCAGCUGGUGCCCCUCAUGCAGGUGUUCCUCAGGCUGGACCCCUCCUACCAGGGCCAGAUGUGUGGCCUGUGCGGGAACUUCAACCAGAACCAGGCCGACGACUUCCGGACCAUCAGCGGCGUGGUGGAGGGCACGGCCGCCGCCUUCGCCAACACCUGGAAGACCCAGGCCGCCUGCCCCAACGUCAAGAACAGCUUUGAGGACCCCUGCUCCCUCAGCGUGGAGAAUGAGAACUACGCCAAGCACUGGUGCUCCCUGCUGACCGACCCUGCCGGGGCCUUCUCGUCCUGCCACUCUGUCAUCAACCCUGGGCCCUUCCACUCGAACUGCAUGUUUGACACGUGCAACUGUGAGAAGAGCGAGGACUGCAUGUGCGCGGCCCUGUCCUCCUACGUGCGGGCCUGCGCCGCCCGGGGUGUGCUGCUCGGCGGCUGGCGGGACGGCGUGUGCAACAAGUACGUGAGCAGCUGCCCCAAGACCCAGAUCUACGCCUAUGUGGUGGACAGCUGCCAGCCCACCUGCCGCUCUCUAAGCCAGGCCGAUGUCACCUGUGACGUGGCCUUCGUGCCUGUGGAUGGCUGCACCUGCCCCUCGGGCACCUUCUUGGACGACACCGGUGCCUGCGUGCCUGCGGAGGCCUGCCCCUGCUACUCGCGUGGCUCCGUGCUGGCUCCAGGGGAGGUCCUGCACGACAACGGUGUGGUGUGUUCAUGUGCGAGCGGGAAGCUGAGCUGCCUGGGAGCCGUGGAGCGGAGCACAGGGUGCGUGGCCCCCAUGCUGUUCCUGGACUGUAAAAACGCCUCCGCGGACACGCCCGGGGCCGAGUGUGUGCGGAGCUGCCACGUGCUGGGUGUGGACUGUUUCAGCACGCACUGUGUGUCGGGCUGCGUCUGCCCAGCGGGGCUGUUGGCCGAUGGGAGCGGGGGCUGUGUGGCCGAGGACGACUGCCCCUGCCUGCACAACGAGGCCGCCUACAAGCCUGGGGAGACCAUCAGGGUCGACUGUAACACCUGCACUUGCAGGGGCCGCAGGUGGGAGUGCAGCCGCCGGCCCUGCCUGGGCACCUGCGUGGCCUACGGGGACGGCCACUUCAUCACCUUUGACGGCGAGCGCUACAGCUUUGAGGGGAGCUGUGAGUACACGCUGGCCCAGGACUACUGUGCGGGCAACAAUGUCAGCAACGGGAACUUCCGCAUCGUCACCGAGAACGUCCCCUGCGGGACCACAGGCGUCACCUGCUCCAAGGCCAUCAAGAUCUUCCUGGAGAACUAUGAGCUGAUCCUCCACGAGGGUUCCUACAAGGUGGUGCAGAGGGGGCCAGGUGGAGACCUGCCCUUCAAGAUCCGUUACAUGGGCAUCUACCUGGCCGUCGAGACCCGCAGUGGCAUGGUCGUGUCCUGGGACCGGAAGACCAGCGUGUUUAUUCGGCUGCACCAGGAGUACAAGGGGAGGGUCUGCGGGCUGUGCGGGAACUUUGACGACAACGCCCUCAACGACUUCACCACGCGGAGCCAGUCCGUGGUGGGCGACGUGCUGGAGUUCGGCAACAGCUGGAAAUUCUCCCCGUCCUGCCCGGACGCCCAGGCCCCCAAGGACCCCUGCACCGCCAACCCGUACCGCAAGUCCUGGGCCCAGAAGCAGUGCAGCAUCAUCAACAGCGUCACCUUCAGCGCCUGCCGUUCUCAGGUCGACUCCACCAGGUACUACGAGGCCUGCGUGAGCGACGCGUGCGCCUGUGACUCGGGGGGCGACUGCGAGUGCUUCUGCACGGCCGUGGCCGCCUACGCCCAGGCCUGCCGCGAAGUGGGCGUGUGCGUGUCCUGGCGGACCCCGGACAUCUGCCCCCUGUUCUGUGACUACUACAACCCCCACGGGGAGUGUGAAUGGCAUUACCAGCCCUGCGGGGCCCCCUGCCUGAGGACCUGCCGGAACCCCAGCGGCCACUGCCUGAUGGACCUGCCAGGCCUGGAAGGCUGCUACCCAAAGUGCCCGCCCAGCAAGCCGUUCUUCAAUGAGGACCAGAUGAAGUGCGUGGCCCAGUGUGGGGGCUGCUACGAUGAGAAUGGAAACUACUAUGAUGCCGGCACCAGGGUCCCCACGGCAGAGAACUGCCAGAGCUGCGACUGCACCUCCAGAGGCCUCCAGUGCACAUACAGCCCCGCGGCCUGUACGUGCACCUACGAGGGCAGAACCUAUGCCUACGGGGACGUCAUCUACAACACGACCGAUGGGCUGGGCGCCUGCCUGAUUGCCAUCUGCAGAGACAAUGGAACCGUCAUCCGAAAGGCCGAGGAGUGUCCCGGAACCCCAUCCACAACGCCCUUCACCUUCACCAGCACUGCGGUUCCGCCCUCCACCACAGGCUCGGUCGCCACACCCUCCACCGUGUGCGUGCAGGAGCACUGCCGCUGGUCCAACUGGUAUGACAGUGGACGUCCAGAGCUGGGCAUGGAAGGGGGAGACUUCGAGACCUUUAAGAACCUGAGGCAGAGGGGCUACCAGUUCUGCCCGGCCCCAGCGCAUGUCGAGUGCCGGGCCCAGCAGUUCCCGGAUAUGCCUUUGGAGAAGCUGGGCCAGAAGGUGGAGUGUGGCCAGGCCCGCGGGCUGACCUGCCUCAACAGCGAGCAGAACCCCCCGCUCUGCCACAACUACGAGCUGAGGGUCCUCUGCUGUGACUACGUGCCCUGCAGCACCAGCCCGGUCCUGGGCACCAGCCAGCAGCCAUCCUCCCAGCCCCUGCCCACCUUCACCCAGACCACACUCACCAGAGGAACCACCCUCCUGUCCACGCCAGCCUCCACCUCACAGACCCCAUCCACCAAGUCCACCUCAACCGUGACCCGAGUGGGCAGCAGCUCUGUGGUCCCAGCCACCAGCACCUGUGAGCCCCGCUGUCAGUGGACAGAGUGGUUUGACGAGGACUACCCCAAGUCCGAGGAGGCCGGGGGGGACGUCGAGUCCUACGACAAGAUCAGGCGUGCGGGAGGGGCCGUGUGCGAGCAGCCCCAGGGCAUAGAGUGCCAGGCCGAAAACUUCCCCAACGUGAGGCUGGAGGAGCUGAAUCAGCACGUGCACUGUGACGUCAGCUUCGGCCUGGUCUGCAGGAACGACGAGCAGGUGGGCCUGUUCAAGAUGUGCUACAACUACAAAAUCCGCGUGCUGUGCUGUGGGUACAGCCACUGCGGGGAGCCGACGUCCUCCACCGCCACGGCCACCACCUCCACUGCUACAGCCACUACGGCCACCACCUCCACUGCCACAGCCACCACUGCCAUCACAUCCACUGCCACAGCCACCAUUCCCACCUCUACAGCCCCCACUGCCACAACCUCCACUGCCACAGCCCCCACUGCCACCACCUCCACUGCCACAGCCACCAUUCCCACCUCUACAGCCCCCACUGCCACCACUUCCACUGCCACAGCCCCCACUGCCACCGCAUCCACUGCCACAGCCCCCACUGCCACCGCAUCCACUGCUACAGCCACCACUGUGGCCACCUCUACAGCCCCCACUGCCACCACAUCCACUGCCACAGCCACCAUUCCCACCUCUACAGGUCCCACUGCCACCACAUCAACUGCCACAGCCCCCACGGCAACCACCUCCACUGCUACAGCCACCACUGUGGCCACCUCUACAGCCCCCACUGCCACCACUUCCACUGCCACAGCCCCCACUGCCAUCAUAUCCACUGCCACAGCCACCAUUCCCACCUCUACAGGUUCCACUUCCACUGCAUCCACUGCCACAGCCCCCACUUCCAGCAUCCACUAUCACCGCAUCCACUGCUACAGUCACCACUGUGGCCACCUCUACAGCCCCCACUGCCACUGCAUCCACUGCCAUAGCCACCACGGCCACCACAUCCACUGCGACAGCCCCAACUGCCAUCACAUCCACUGCCACAGCAACCAUUCCCACCUCUACAGGUCCCAGUGCCACCACAUCAACUGCCACAGCCCCCACGGCAACCACCUCCACUGCUACAGCCACCACUGUGCCACCUCUACAGCCCCCACUGCCACCACUUCCACUGCCACAGCCCCCACUGCCAUCACAUCCACUGCCACAGCCACCAUUCCCACCUCUACAGGUCCCACUACCACCGCAUCCACUGCCACAGCCCCCACUGCCACUGCAUCCACUGCCACAGCCCCCACUGCCACUGCAUCCACUGCCACAACCACCAUUCCCACCUCUACAGGUCCCACUGCCACCACAUCCACUGCCAUAGCCCCCUCUUCCACCGCAUCCACUGCCACAGCCCCCACUGCCACCGCAUCCACUGCGACAGCCACCAUUCCCACCUCUACAGGUCCCACUACCACCGCAUCCACUGCCACAGCCCCCACGGCCACCACAUCCACUGCGACAGCCUCCACUGUGGCCACCUCUACAGGUCCCACUGCCACCACUUCCACUGCCACAGCUCCCACUUCCACCGCAUCCACUAUCACCGCAUCCACUGCUACAGUCACCACUGUGGCCACCUCUACAGCCCCCACUGCCACUGCAUCCACUGCCAUAGCCACCACGGCCACCACAUCCACUGCCACAGCUUCCACUGCCACAGCCUCCACUGCCACCACAGCCAAGGCUACAGUCACCAGCGUGGCCACCUCUACAGCCCCCACUGCCACCACAUCCACUGCCACAGCCCCAACUGCCAUCACAUCCACUGCCACAGCAACCAUUCCCACCUCUACAGGUCCCAGUGCCACCACAUCCACUGCCACAGCCCCCACGGCAACCACCUCCACUGCCACAGCCACCAUUCCCACCUCUACAGCCCCCACUGCCACCACCUCCACUGCCACAGCCCCAACUGCCAUCACAUCCACUGCCACAGCAACCAUUCCCACCUCUACAGCUCCCACUGCCACCACAUCCACUGCCACAGCCACCAUUCCCACCUCUACAGCUCCCACUGCCACCACAUCCACUGCCACAGCCCCCACUAUCACCACAUCCACUGCGACAGCCUCCACUGUCACCACCUCCACUGCCACAGCCACCACUGCCACCACAGCCAAGGCUACAGUCACCAGCGUGGCCACCUCUACAGCCCCCACUGCCACCACAUCCACUGCCACAACCUCCACUGCCACAGCCCCCACUGCCACCGCAUCCACUGCUACAGUCACCACUGCAGCUACCUCCACUGCUGCCACUGCCACAGUGGCCACAUCUGCUGCCACAGCCACCACGUCCCCCACUGCCUCAGGCACCACCAUCACUGUGCCACCAGCCACUCAGUCCACGACAUGGCUGGGGAGCACAGGGGUGACCAGGUCCCCCGCCAGCACUGCCAAACCAGCACCUUCCCUUUCCACGGGACUGACAGUCCGAGUGACAUCCUCAAGGCCCAGCCACACAGGCACGCUCCUAACAUCUGCCACGGGGUUCCUCACAUCUCCCCCAGCGUCCACAGAGACCACCAUCCCGGGGAGGGCCACGUCGGUCCUCCCGACUCACACAGCCUCAAGGGGGCCCACCCCGGAGUCAGUGAUGACGCAAACCUCCACGACUCAGCUGCUGACGGGAACAGCAGUGGGCACAACGGGCACCACCUCCACGGGCCCGCUGUCCACCUCGCACCCUGAGACCAGCACACCAGGAACCCUGGGGUCAACGGCCACCAGCACCUGUGAGCCCCGCUGUCAGUGGACAGAGUGGUUUGACGAGGACUACCCCAAGUCCGAGGAGGCCGGGGGGGACGUCGAGUCCUACGACAAGAUCAGGCGUGCGGGAGGGGCCGUGUGCGAGCAGCCCCAGGGCAUAGAGUGCCAGGCCGAAAACUUCCCCAACGUGAGGCUGGAGGAGCUGAAUCAGCACGUGCACUGUGACGUCAGCUUCGGCCUGGUCUGCAGGAACGACGAGCAGGUGGGCCUGUUCAAGAUGUGCUACAACUACAAAAUCCGCGUGCUGUGCUGUGGGUACAGCCACUGCGGGGAGCCGACGUCCUCCACCGCCACGGCCACCACCUCCACUGCUACAGCCACUACGGCCACCACCUCCACUGCCACAGCCACCACUGCCAUCACAUCCACUGCCACAGCCACCAUUCCCACCUCUACAGGUCCCACGGCCACCACAUCCACUGCCACAGCCCCCACUGCCACCGCAUCCACUGCUACAGCCACCACUGUGGCCACCUCUACAGCCCCCACUGCCACCACCUCCACUGCCACAGCCCCCACUAUCACUGCAUCCACUGCUACAGUCACCACUUCCACUGUAUCCACUGCCACAGCCCCCACUGCCACCACUUCCACUGCCACAGCCCCCACUGCCAUCAUAUCCACUGCCACAGCCACCAUUCCCACCUCUACAGGUUCCACUUCCACUGCAUCCACUGCCACAGCCCCCACGGCCACCGCAUCCACUGCCACAGCCCCCACUUCCACUGUAUCCACUGCCACAGCCCCCACUGCCACCACCUCCACUGCCACAGCCACCAUUCCCACCUCUACAGCCCCCACUGCCACCACUUCCACUGCCACAGCCCCCACUGCCACCGCAUCCACUGCCACAGCCCCCACUGCCACCACCUCCACUGCCACAGCCCCAACUGCCAUCACAUCCACUGCCACAGCCACCAUUCCCACCUCUACAGGUCCCAGUGCCACCACAUCAACUGCCACAGCCCCCACGGCAACCACCUCCACUGCUACAGCCACCACUGUCACCACCUCCACUGCCACAGCCACCACUGCCACCACAGCCAAGGCUACAGUCACCAGCGUGGCCACCUCUACAGCCCCCACUGCCACCACAUCCACUGCCACAACCUCCACUGCCACAGCCCCCACUGCCACCGCAUCCACUGCUACAGUCACCACUGCAGCCACCUCCACUGCUGCCACUGCCACAGUGGCCACAUCUGCUGCCACAGCCACCACGUCCCCCACUGCCUCAGGCACCACCAUCACUGUGCCACCAGCCACUCAGUCCACGACAUGGCUGGGGAGCACAGGGGUGACCAGGUCCCCCGCCAGCACUGCCAAACCAGCACCUUCCCUUUCCACGGGACUGACAGUCCGAGUGACAUCCUCAAGGCCCAGCCACACAGGCACGCUCCUAACAUCUGCCACGGGGUUCCUCACAUCUCCCCCAGCGUCCACAGAGACCACCAUCCCGGGGAGGGCCACGUCGGUCCUCCCGACUCACACAGCCUCAAGGGGGCCCACCCCGGAGUCAGUGACGACGCAAACCUCCACGACUCAGCUGCUGACGGGAACAGCAGUGGGCACAACGGGCACCACCUCCACGGGCCCGCUGUCCACCUCGCACCCUGAGACCAGCACACCAGGAACCCUGGGGUCAACGGCCACCAGCACCUGUGAGCCCCGCUGUCAGUGGACAGAGUGGUUUGACGAGGACUACCCCAAGUCCGAGGAGGCCGGGGGGGACGUCGAGUCCUACGACAAGAUCAGGCGUGCGGGAGGGGCCGUGUGCGAGCAGCCCCAGGGCAUAGAGUGCCAGGCCGAAAACUUCCCCAACGUGAGGCUGGAGGAGCUGAAUCAGCACGUGCACUGUGACGUCAGCUUCGGCCUGGUCUGCAGGAACGACGAGCAGGUGGGCCUGUUCAAGAUGUGCUACAACUACAAAAUCCGCGUGCUGUGCUGUGGGUACAGCCACUGCGGGGAGCCGACGUCCUCCACCGCCACGGCCACCACCUCCACUGCUACAGCCACUACGGCCACCACCUCCACUGCCACAGCCACCACUGCCAUCACAUCCACUGCCACAGCCACCAUUCCCACCUCUACAGGUCCCACGGCCACCACAUCCACUGCCACAGCCCCCACUGCCACCGCAUCCACUGCUACAGCCACCACUGUGGCCACCUCUACAGCCCCCACUGCCACCACCUCCACUGCCACAGCCCCCACUAUCACUGCAUCCACUGCUACAGUCACCACUUCCACUGUAUCCACUGCCACAGCCCCCACUGCCACCACUUCCACUGCCACAGCCCCCACUGCCAUCAUAUCCACUGCCACAGCCACCAUUCCCACCUCUACAGGUUCCACUUCCACUGCAUCCACUGCCACAGCCCCCACGGCCACCGCAUCCACUGCCACAGCCCCCACUUCCACUGUAUCCACUGCCACAGCCCCCACUGCCACCACCUCCACUGCCACAGCCACCAUUCCCACCUCUACAGCCCCCACUGCCACCACUUCCACUGCCACAGCCCCCACUGCCACCGCAUCCACUGCCACAGCCCCCACUGCCACCACCUCCACUGCCACAGCCCCAACUGCCAUCACAUCCACUGCCACAGCCACCAUUCCCACCUCUACAGGUCCCAGUGCCACCACAUCAACUGCCACAGCCCCCACGGCAACCACCUCCACUGCUACAGCCACCACUGUCACCACCUCCACUGCCACAGCCACCACUGCCACCACAGCCAAGGCUACAGUCACCAGCGUGGCCACCUCUACAGCCCCCACUGCCACCACAUCCACUGCCACAACCUCCACUGCCACAGCCCCCACUGCCACCGCAUCCACUGCUACAGUCACCACUGCAGCCACCUCCACUGCUGCCACUGCCACAGUGGCCACAUCUGCUGCCACAGCCACCACGUCCCCCACUGCCUCAGGCACCACCAUCACUGUGCCACCAGCCACUCAGUCCACGACAUGGCUGGGGAGCACAGGGGUGACCAGGUCCCCCGCCAGCACUGCCAAACCAGCACCUUCCCUUUCCACGGGACUGACAGUCCGAGUGACAUCCUCAAGGCCCAGCCACACAGGCACGCUCCUAACAUCUGCCACGGGGUUCCUCACAUCUCCCCCAGCGUCCACAGAGACCACCAUCCCGGGGAGGGCCACGUCGGUCCUCCCGACUCACACAGCCUCAAGGGGGCCCACCCCGGAGUCAGUGACGACGCAAACCUCCACGACUCAGCUGCUGACGGGAACAGCAGUGGGCACAACGGGCACCACCUCCACGGGCCCGCUGUCCACCUCGCACCCUGAGACCAGCACACCAGGAACCCUGGGGUCAACGGCCACCAGCACCUGUGAGCCCCGCUGUCAGUGGACAGAGUGGUUUGACGAGGACUACCCCAAGUCCGAGGAGGCCGGGGGGGACGUCGAGUCCUACGACAAGAUCAGGCGUGCGGGAGGGGCCGUGUGCGAGCAGCCCCAGGGCAUAGAGUGCCAGGCCGAAAACUUCCCCAACGUGAGGCUGGAGGAGCUGAAUCAGCACGUGCACUGUGACGUCAGCUUCGGCCUGGUCUGCAGGAACGACGAGCAGGUGGGCCUGUUCAAGAUGUGCUACAACUACAAAAUCCGCGUGCUGUGCUGUGGGUACAGCCACUGCGGGGAGCCGACGUCCUCCACCGCCACGGCCACCACCUCCACUGCUACAGCCACUACGGCCACCACCUCCACUGCCACAGCCACCACUGCCAUCACAUCCACUGCCACAGCCACCAUUCCCACCUCUACAGGUCCCACGGCCACCACAUCCACUGCCACAGCCCCCACUGCCACCGCAUCCACUGCUACAGCCACCACUGUGGCCACCUCUACAGCCCCCACUGCCACCACCUCCACUGCCACAGCCCCCACUGCCACCACCUCCACUGCCACAGCCACCAUUCCCACCUCUACAGCCCCCACUGCCACCACUUCCACUGCCACAGCCCCCACUGCCACCGCAUCCACUGCCACAGCCCCCACUGCCACCGCAUCCACUGCUACAGCCACCACUGUGGCCACCUCUACAGCCCCCACUGCCACCACAUCCACUGCCACAGCCACCAUUCCCACCUCUACAGGUCCCACUGCCACCACAUCCACUGCCACAGCCCCCACUAUCACCGCAUCCACUGCUACAGUCACCACUUCCACUGUAUCCACUGCCACAGCCCCCACUGCCACCACUUCCACUGCCACAGCCCCCACUGCCACCACAUCCACUGCCACAGCCACCAUUCCCACCUCUACAGGUCCCACUGCCACCACAUCCACUGCCACAGCCCCCACUAUCACCGCAUCCACUGCUACAGUCACCACUUCCACUGUAUCCACUGCCACAGCCCCCACUGCCACCACUUCCACUGCCACAGCCCCCACUGCCAUCAUAUCCACUGCCACAGCCACCAUUCCCACCUCUACAGGUUCCACUUCCACUGCAUCCACUGCCACAGCCCCCACUUCCACCGCAUCCACUAUCACCGCAUCCACUGCUACAGUCACCACUGUGGCCACCUCUACAGCCCCCACUGCCACUGCAUCCACUGCCAUAGCCACCACGGCCACCACAUCCACUGCGACAGCCCCAACUGCCAUCACAUCCACUGCCACAGCAACCAUUCCCACCUCUACAGCCACCUCUGCUGCCAUAGCCACCACAUCCCCCACUGCCUCCAGCACCACCACUGCUGUGUCACCAGCCACGCAUUCUAGGACCUGGUCAGGGAGCACAGGAAUGACCAGGUCCCCCGCCAGCAGUGCCACACCAGCACCUUCCCUUUCCACGGGGCUGACAGCCCAAGUAACAUCCUCGUGGCCCAGCCACACAGGCACUCUCCCAGUGUCUGCCACGUCGGUCCUCCCGACUCACACAGCCUCAAGGGGGCCCACCCCGGAGUCAGUGACGACGCAAACCUCCACGUCUCAGCUGCUGACGGGAACAGCAGUGGGCACAACGGGCACCACCUCCACGGGCCCACUGUCCACCUCGCACCCUGAGACCAGCACACCAGGAACCCUGGGGUCAACGGCCACCACUGGGGCCACCACCAGCCAGGGCACAACCAGUUGUCAACCCAAGUGCCAAUGGACAGAGUGGUUUGAUGUGGACUUCCCCACCUCGGGGGUCAGGGGCGGAGACAUGGAGACCUAUGAGAAUAUCCGGGCCGCGGGUGGCAAGAUGUGUCAGCAGCCGCAGAAGAUUGAAUGCCGGGCGGAGAGCAACCCCGAGGUGAGCAUCAAUCAGAUCGGGCAGGUGCUCAGCUGCAGCCUGGAGGUCGGGCUGGUCUGCAGGAACAAAGACCAGAGGGGGCAGUUCACCACGUGCUUCAACUACAACAUCCGUGUGUACUGCUGCGAUGAUGUCCGGCACUGCCCCCCCACGGCUACCCCCCACCUCACCUCCACCACACUGCCCGCCACCAGCAGCUCCACAGCCACGGUGCCAUGGCCCUCGACCUCUGCCACGACCCAGACGGGUGCCCCCACCACGGCCCCUUCAAGUGCGGACGUGCACAACACCACCUUCGGGACCACCCCGCUCCCCACCCCCGUGACGCCCAACACUAGAGCUACCACCUACACCCGCUCCCUGCACCCCACGGCCUCUCCUCAGGUCACAGAGCUCCCCACCAGUCCCUCCGAGACCAAACCUGGACCCCCCAUCACCACACCCAGCACAGGCCAGGCCACCUCCAGCACAGGGGCAGGCACCAGAGCCUCCCUCUCCACCCCCAUGCAUGAGCCCAGCACCUCCUCACUAGGCACCACCCUCGGCUCCUCCAUGGCCACCUCCACAGCCACGGUGUCCUCGCAGAAGACCCAUACGCUGUCGGUCACCACGUCCCCAGAGACCAGGUCCACAGCCUCAGAUAUCACGUCCACAGCCUGUCAGCCUCGCUGUGCCUGGACAGACUGGCUGGACCAGAGCUACCCGAUGCCAGGGGCCACUGGGGGGGACUUCGAGACCUAUGCUAAUAUCCAGGCGGCUGGUGGGGCCAUCUGCCAGCAGCCUCUGCAGCUGCAGUGUCGGGCUGAGGCCCUGCCUGAGAAGGCCCUGCAGGAUCUGGGCCAGGUGGUGCAGUGCCGGCUGGAGGAGGGCCUGGUGUGCCGGAACCGAGACCAGAGUAGCCUGAUGUGCCUCAACUACGAGAUCCGCGUGUUCUGCUGCGACCACAGCCACUGCCCCAGCCCCGCCGGUCCCACGUCCACCACGCCGGCCCCCUCACCCUCCACCAUCAGCACCAGCACUGGCAGGCUGUCAUCGAAGGUCACCACCCAGACGCACCUCUCCUCCCCAGGGGCGAUCAAGAGGGACUCCACCCCCACUAGUGUGACAGGUUCCUUCUCCACGGGGACAACCCAGAGGGUCUAUGCCUCCACCAGUGUGACAGGUCCCUCCUCUAUGGGGACUACGCAGACUGUCUACACCUCUACCAGUGUGACAGGUCCCUUCUCCACGGGGACCACCAAGAGGGUCUAUGCCUCCACCAGUGUGACAGGUCCCUCCUCUACGGGGACUACGCAGAGUGUCUACACCUCUACCAGUGUGACAGGUCCCUUCUCCCCUGGGACCACCGAGAGCGUCUCCACACCUAGUCCCUCUGCCUUCCCGGGGUCCCCACCCAUGACCACCAAGCCAGGCUUCCCCAGUGUCUCUCCUACGGGUCCCCUUUUGACUUCCCCCACAUCGACCGCCCCCGGGUCCCCACCCACCACCCCUUCCUGGUCCGGGGUGACCUCUGGCAGCCCAGGGACCUUCUCUAUCUCCACCGCCUCUCCCAGCCCCACCACAGCCUGCCUUUGCCACGCCUUCGGAAAGCUCUUCCUACCAGGGGACAUGAUCUACAACGAGACCGACGGAGCAGGCUGCCACUUCUUAGCCAUCUGCAACCAGCGCUGCGGCAUCGACCGCUUCCAGGGCACCUGCCCCACCUCCUCACCCUCGGGGACCUCGGCCUCUGUUCCCCCAUCCACCCCAGUUCCCGGCUGCAAUCGCACCAUCCCUCCCCGACAGGUGAAUGAGUCCUGGACCCUGGAGGACUGCAUGGUGGCUCGGUGUGAGGGUGACAACCGUAUCGCCCUGCUGGGGCCGAAGCCAAUGGGCCACGUCGUCUGCGUGAACGGGCACCUGCCCGUGAGAGUGCAGAACGGGGAUGGGCCCUGUGACUACAGCUACGAGUGCGAGUGCUCCUGCAGCGGCUGGGGGGACACCCACUACGAGACCUUCGACGGCACCUCCUACUCUUUCCUGGACAACUGCACCCACGUCCUCAUGCGGGAGAUCCAGCCGCGCCACGGGAACCUCAGCAUCCUCCUACACAACCACUACUGUGAGGCCGCCGCCAGCUGCCCCCGCGCCCUCAGCGUCCACUAUGAGACCAUGGACAUCAUCCUCACCACCACCCCUGGCGCCGACGGGCAGGAGGAAAGCCUGAUCCUGUUUGGCCAAACGCGGGUGAGCCAGAGCUUCAGCAAGAACGGCCUGACCGUGACGGAGACGGGGGCCACGGCGAUGAGCCUCAAGAUUCCCGCCAUCGGCGUGAGCAUCGUCUUCAACGGGCGGGUCUUCCAGGUCCAGCUGUCCUACAGCCGCUUCAGCUACAACACCGAGGGCCAGUGUGGCACCUGCACCAACAGCCGCAGGGAUGACUGUCGCCGGCCCGACGGCACCACGGCCCCCACCUGCCAGGACAUGGCCCGGUACUGGCUGGUCCCCAACAGCAGCGGGGAGGGCUGCUGGGCACCGACCGGCCUGCCCCCGACCACCAGCUCCAGCUCGCCGGCACCCAGCACACCCACCUCCACUCCGUGCCCCCUGGAACCCCUCUGCGAGCUGAUGCUGAGCCCGGUCUUCGCCGGGUGCCACGGCCUCAUCCCGCCCGGCCCGUUCUUCAGUACCUGUGUCAGCGACAGCUGCAGGCCCAGCCGCCCUGACGUGCUCUGCCAGAGCCUGGAGGCCUACUCUGUGCUCUGCCGUGCCCGGGGCGUGUGCCCCGACUGGCGCAACGCCACCAGCGGGCUGUGUGACCUCACCUGCCCGCCCACCAAGGUGUAUAAGCCGUGUGGCCCCGUGCAGCCCAAGUCCUGUGACUCCAGGAGCCAGAGCCCGGCGAGCGGGGGGCAGGCAGAGGGGUGCUUCUGUCCCGACGGCCACAUCCUGUUCAACUCACACACGGACAUCUGUGUGCCCGAGUGCCCCUGCGUGGGACCAGAUGGGUUUCCCAAAUUCCCCGGAGAGCGGUGGAUCAGCAACUGCCAGUCCUGCGUGUGUGAUGAAGGCUCCGUGUCGGUGCAGUGCGCCCCUGUGCAGUGCGAGGCCCGGGACCAGCCACAGGAAUGUGGCGGGGCCGGCUUCGUGGCCCAGACCAGGCCCCUGGCCGACAACCCUUGCUGCAUGGAAACUCUGUGUGUCUGCAACACAAGCACGUGCCCCCAGAGCCCACCCAAAUGUAGGCCGGGAGAGGAGCUGGCCUGCACCCAGGCGGAGGACAGCUGCUGCCCCACCUUCAGCUGCCGGCCUCAGCUGUGCACCUACAACGGCACCGUCUACGGGGUCGGUGCAACCUUCCCAGCGGUCAUUCCCUGCCACACGUGCACCUGCCUGUCCGGGGACACCCAUGACCCGACCGUGCAGUGUGAGGAGGAUGCCUGCAACACCACUUGUCCCCAGGGCUUCCAGUACUCGAGGGUGGCCGGGCAGUGCUGCGGGGAGUGCGUGCAGACGGCCUGCCUCACGUCCGACGGCCGGCUGGUUCAGCCCAACGAGACCUGGGUCAACAGCCUCGUGGACAACUGCACGUUGUACCACUGCCAGGCUGAAAACGGGCCCCCUAUGCUGACCCCGACGCCCGUCGCGUGCCCGGACGUGUCCAGCUGCAGGGGCAUCCUUAAGAAAAUCGGCUGCUGCUACUCCUGUGAGGAAGUGGACUCCUGCCAGGUACGCGCCAGCAUGACGGUCCUGCGACACCGGGGCUGCGCCACCCAGGCCGCCGUCAGCGUCCCCUUCUGCGAGGGCUUCUGCCCGGGAGCGUCCCGGUACUCCACGGGGGCCCGGGCCACGCAGUGCCCGUGCUUCUGCUGCCAGGAGACCAGGGCCCACCAGGAGGUGGUGACCAUGCAGUGUCCCAACGGGACGGCCUUCCAGCACACCUACACCCACGUGGACGAGUGCAGCUGUGGCCCAUCCUGCGUCUCCUCGGCCCAGGCUCCCGAGGACAGCACCCCCAGCUUCCCGAUCUAUGGUUCCACCACUGUCUGACGCACCCCCACCCGCACGCCCACCCUACCUGCCCCAUCUGGAGCCAGAACACCCACCACCCAACCACGGAAACCGCGGGAGCCCACGCACACCUUCCGUGGAUACCACUGUCCCCGCCCACUUUACACCUGCCCCAGGUGAAACCCAGGCCCUGGAGGGUGACAGCGUAGUGAGGGUCGGCUUGAGGAGGACCCCAGGUGAGGGGGGGCUGCCCUCAGAGCCCCUCCUGCCUGUUUUGGCCACCUGCCUGGCCUUCGGGACCUGACCCUCAUCUGAAACACAAGCACCCACUCCACCCAGGCUCACCCCCGUCCUGGUGUCAGAGGGAUGCCCCAGAGAAAACUGCACACCCACCACUGUGCUGCUCCCACGGCGGGCCUGUGUGCCCCCCACUGCCCCUCGAAGCCCCGUGGUGCACAGGUGCCCGCUGGUGACACCUCCUGCAGCUGAGCGCAGACUGAGGCCUGUCCAGGCAAGGCCAGCUACCUGCCCACGUCUGGACCCCGGCCUGAGGCUACGAGGGCCAAGGGACGGGCCCCGGUGGGGUCGGCACCCCACAGCACCCCCUCUGCUCACCCAGCCCCAGUCUUUGAAAAUAAAC